CCGGGAGUCUUCACACCAACUUCCCUGUGCGGACAGACACCAUUUGACAGUGGACAUCGCUAGACUGAAGAAGCGUCUAUUUCUCGGCAAGCUUCAUUUUUUGCAGAGCAAACAAUUUGAUACAAAAAUAAUUGUUUUAUUUUUCAAGAGACCUGUAUUCUAUCAGGCGAUCCUUCGUUGUUACAGUCCUUAAUUUGAUAUCUUUCUUGAAAAGUACUCACUAAUAGAGAAGGCCAAACUUGAAAACGCUACCAACAGGUCUCUAAGCAAAUACUCGUUCAGUAGACUUUAGUAUCGAUACUUUUGACAGCUUUUUCAGAUCACCCAUUCUGUGCUUUACGGUUCUUUUCAGGAAUAUAAAGUCCAAGAAUGUUCUGCUGACCAGUAAGCAAAACAAAAAUGAUGCGAGAAACUCGUUUGCAACUUAAGUUCCUGAUUUUCUGUUUACUGGUAGGGUUAAUAGUGAGUCGCCGCGGAGUUUCCGUGCCGAAUUUUUCUAUCAGGCCCCCACUUAUAGAGCGGUACCAUUACACGAGUACCUAUGCCUGUGAAGGAAGGGAACUUCAAAUUUCAUGUAACGACGGCGACCAUAUACGCCUUGUUCGAGCCAACUAUGGUAGAUUUAGCAUAAGCAUCUGUAAUGACAAGGGCAACACGGAUUGGAGCGUGAUUUGUAUGUCAGACAGAUCUUUCCUUAUCAUGCAAGAUAGAUGUAGCGGCAAGUCUUCGUGUAGUGUAUUUGUCUCGAGCGAAAGUUUUGGAGAUCCUUGUCCUGGUACAUUGAAAUACCUAGAAGUACAGUACCAUUGUAUUUCCCCGAAUUCUCGAAUUGGAUCAAAUUCGCCAACUGGCACAGAACACCCUGCAAUAGACAGUCCAUAUUUCCAUACAUUCAAUUUUACUAAUCCUGCUGGAAGACCCAUAAUCGGGCUUUGGUUAAAUAAUGGCACAUUAAACCUCAGCAAGUAUUUUGACGGUGCUGAUACCAAAGGUGUUGGUGCAGAUGGGAUAGAUGCUUCGGUAACCCCAACAUCUAAAUACAUCUCUACAGAACGUACGAUUUCUGUUACAAAACCUUAUCCUGCUACAAGGACAACGCCAAAUUUCGUGGUGACAACAGAAAAGGAAAAAGAGAACGUUUUAGUUCACGACCUAGGCCCAGUAUUUACACCAGUUCCAGAAGAAACAUAUAUAGACCCUAGUAGAAUGUGUUCACCAACCAGUUCUCAUAAUCUCUACUGGAACUGGACUGCUGCUGGAGAGAUUAAUAUACAGAGUUGCCCAGGUGGGGCAACAGGUUUGGCUAGGUGGCAGUGUAGUGCAGAUAUGAAAUGGACGCCGAAAGAUCCAGAUUUGAAAGAAUGUAAAUCUGUCUGGGUGGAUAACUUAAGAGAGAGAAUGCAUGGAGGGGAUUCUAUUAACAGUGUUACCAUGGAAAUGGCUCUAAUGACAUUAACCAGACCACUCUUCAGCAAAGAUAUCACCCAUGUGACAUCCAUGAUCCAUCAGACCUUACGCAGAGCUUUAAACAAUAUGGACAGCUAUCUAGAAAUCUGGCGUAGACAUCAAACUUUCAAAGAACUGUUAGAGUCCGUAGUAGAAACUGUUAGUAACCUGCUGGAAGAAAAACAAAGUGAGGCAUGGCUUGACCUCUCAAGGUCGGAGCGUAAACAAGUUGCAUCUCACUUGCUACAAGGCUUAGAAGAAAGUGCUUUACUCUUAGCUGAAACUUUGGUACAAGGAAACAGUUAUUUGUUUGCAAAGAAUAAUGUUCUGUUAUCAGUUCUUGUAAUGGAAGUAAAACAUUCAAAAAAUGUUUUGUUUCCUAUGAGAAAUGAUGUUAAGGAGACAUCUUGGGUCAGAGUUGAAGAUUUAUUGUUUCUGCCAGUCCAAGCUUUAGCUGAUCAUGCCAAUAAUGGUCUUGUCCAUAUUAUUCUUCGAGUUUAUAACAAAGUGGAUGAACUUCUUCAGCCAGGAAAAGGAUUUCAGUCACCAGUGCUUCCAGUUGAUAAAGCUAAUAAGAACAUCUCAUGGACUAUCAAUUCUCGUAUUGUAGCAGCAUCUGUAGGUAGAAAGAGAAGGGUUAAGUUAUCAGAACCUGUUAUUAUCAGUUUAAAACACAUCCAGGAGGAAAAUGUUACAAAUGCCCACUGUGUAUAUUGGGAUGUAGCUCACAGGGAAUGGUCAGGAGAAGGCUGCUGGGUAAAGAACUCUAACAUCUCACACACUGUCUGUGCUUGUAACCACUUGACUAACUUUGCUGUUUUAAUGGAAGUCAAGCCAUUGGAGAUGGCCCAUGGAAAAAGCAGUUUACUUCAAAUCUUGACUUCCACUAGUUGUGCUUUAUGUGGCCUUUUUGUGUUGGCAACCAUUGUAGCUCUACAUCUUACUAAAAAUCUUCAAACAGACAGAAUAACUAUUCACAAGAAUAUCUGCCUUUGUCUUCUGGGGGCAGAGUUAGUAUUUGCAGCUGGAAUUAGUCAAACCCAUAUCAGAACUCUCUGUGGAGUGAUAGCAGGAUUAUUACACUACUUUCUUUUGGCUGUUUUUGCUUGGGUAUUUGUUGAGGGGUUUCAUCUUUAUGUUCUUCUAAUUGAGGUAUAUGAAUCUGAGAAAUCCAGAGCUAUCUGGUAUCAUGGAUUGGGUUAUGGAAUUCCAAUAAUUAUUGUGUCCGUUUCAGCCAUUGUGGAUCCAUACAGCUAUGGCACAAAAGAAUUUUGUUGGUUGCGGACAGACAACUACUUUAUUUUCAGCUUUGUGGGGCCAGCAGUAGGAAUACUUUUUGGUAGUGCAGUGUUCUUGUGUAUAGCCAUGUGCAUCCUUUGUUAUCAUUCUGGAGUUAAGACGAUGGUAAAAGGGAAGGAGGAGGCGAAACUCAAAAAACUAAAAGCAUGGAUAAGAUGGGCAAGUGUACUAAUGGUAUCUCUGAGCUCUACUUGGGCAGUAGGGCUUUUGUAUAUAUCCCAAUCCAGACACAUCUUUGCCUACAUCUUUGGAAUAUUGAACUGUAUUUUGGGAGUUCUCAUUUUCAUAUUCUACUUCAUGAAAAAUGAAAAGAUAAAAGAAGAAAUCGAGAUUUAUCUUCAGCGAUUAAAAUGGCUCCCAGAAAGCAUGAAGCAAUCCAAAAACCAGAGUCAGUCAGCCAGUUUUCCAAGUUCGAGAACACAGACUACACCUCAACUCAGUGUCACCAACCAACCAUGGAACUCACAAGACAAGAGCUUUACUAUCCCCCCAAAAUUCACAACAUCAGUAGGUCACCCAUCUACCACUACCAACCAGGAAAAUAAAUUCCAGGAGAAAAGGGGCUCUGACACCGGAUCUCUUCGGAAAAAAGAAUCAGGAGAUAAUGCUCAGCCACUGAGUACAGAAUCUUUACCAAAUGCUUCAAAAAGUGGAUGUAGCUCUGAAGUUCUUGAAAAAUUGUAUGGUUUUACAGGCAGUCCUCUUACUGUUGCCUGGCACUACUCCUUGCAAGACAGACAUAAACAUUUCCCAUAUCGGAAUUACUCUGACUCUUCAGAUAAGUACAGUACUUAUCCAGAACAUAUUUAUGAAUCUAUUGAUAAUAACACAGUGUCAUCUUUGCAUCAUGAUUAUCAUGACUACUCACAAGCUAGUCAUCGUUUUGUCUGCUCACACAACCUUUAUGGAGAGCACUCUGAUCUCAGCCAACAUUCUUCUUCUAGUGGUUAUGACCAGCACCCUCUUUUGGUUACAUCACACCCUGAUAAUGGAAUAGCUCUUUCUCAUGACAGUUUUUCUCUAACUUCGACACCCGAAUUACCUCGGCAACACAGAAGCGAAAGAGCUUAUGGAAGUUAUCGUAAGAAAUUUAAUAAUGAUAGGUUAUUAAGCUCUAAAUUUUACAAGUAUAAUGCUUCUAAUACAAUUCUAAACUCAGUGGUUCCUCUUGAACAGUUGCAACUUCAUGUAGAUCAAGAACAAAGUGAAUGGAAAAAACCUCUUCCUGACCUACUCCAUGCCAAUCCCGAGAAUGCUGUCGUAGCGGUGCUGGAAGGUGAAAAGGUAGUUAAUCGCUUACACCCAGAAAUGUCAGCAGAACAAGCAAGUCUGUUUCCACUGAAUUUUAGCACAUAUUGCUGAGUAUGAAUACAAUCUAAUAAUCAAGACUAUGCUGUGAAUGAACUUGGAAAUGCUUCUGAUAAAUAUUAAAGGAGAGUAUGUGGUAAUGCAUGGAGCAUAAUAAAAAGAAAUAGUUGAAGUAAUGAGUUUUAUAUUAUUAAGCCAUGCAUAUGAUUCUCUUAGCCAUCUCAAGCCUUAGAGUAUUGUGUUCAUCUCCAAUUGGUCCUCCUAGUCUCUCUAUCCUAGUCCAGCUCUUAAUAAUCACAGAAUAUGAGGCUGUUUAAGAAACUGCUCUAAGAAAUUAAAAAGUCAUUUUAGCAGCUGACUGGAUAGUAUUAUGUGGGUACUUGAGUUGUAAAUGCAAAUUGUGAUAUUCUGAGGAAAAAAAUCAAUCUCAUUGUACUUAUUGGAAUUUAUUAUUAUAUUGUGACUGUAUCCUAAUAGCAUGUCCAAGCUGGAGACUCAGUUUAAAUAACAUUAGUUAUCUCAUGUUUCUCAGUGAAAACAGGGAUAGGAAUUACAUUACUCCAUUAUAAUUUCAAUAUAUUUACUUCAGUGUAUGAUGAUGUCUAUAAACAGCUGUAAUUUUGUGUACAGGCAUUGCCAGUGAUUUAGCUUCUAUUUAAACUUUGUAUCACUAGAUAACAUUUCAUUCAUAAAAUAUUUUACUGCUGUGUUGUAGUUGAAACAAGGGUUUUAUUUAGUGAAAAUUAAUGGUACUUUGUUCUCGGUAUGAAUUAAAUGAAGUCUGUUAAUAUUGGAUUUCUAGAUUUCAAAUUAGUUUUCAUUGUUGUUACACAAUACAAGAAACUAAUAAAUACAAGGAAUAUUUAUAUACAUUUGACUCAGUAACACAACACCAACAUACAUUUAGAAAAGUUCAAGGCAUUCAAAUCAACACAUAAUAGGGAUCAUCUCAUACGUGCUUAUGACAAAGAAAUUAUUUUAACUUUCAGAACUUUUCAUUGUUUUAGGGAUAUUUGCUAAUCUAUUAGUAUGGUGUUCUUCAAAUCAUGGUAUGCAUUCCCCAUAUGAGCACAAAAAGAAAAGAAAUAAGCCCAAGUGGCAGAUAGCCUUAGUAGCUUUGUCGUGAAAAAGACAGGGUGAGCCAGUUUGGUGGCAAUGGAAAUCGAAUCCUAAACCAUUGAAUCACGAGCCCUCACCAAAUCCCCAGGCCAUGCUGGCUCAAUGCAAAACAAGCUUGAAGUAAAGAAAACUUGUAACACUAAACUCGGGUUUCGAUACCCACAAAUUGCAGAGCACAGAUAGUCAACUAUGUAGCUUUAUGCUUAAGAAACAAACAUAGUGGCAAUAUUUCGAUUACUUCAAUAGUUCAAACAAUCAAAAGUAGUACUAAUUGGAACAACUAAUGUUGAUUAGUUGGUUGUUUUCAUGAUAAUUAAUUAAACCGUAAUUUCGAUUAAUGAAGAUUGAUUAAUGGUGGUUAAUGUUGAUUAUUUUCAUAACGUUAAUCGAAUCAAUGUUUUUUGUGACACUGACAAUUUUAAUCGCAGCUCGUAAGUAAUUAAUUGAUUAAAUCGCCCAGCUCUGUUUCAAAAUGAAACUUUUAUUCGACAUGAAAUUCUUAAUACUUUCAUAAUUAUCUAUGGCAAGUUACAGCCUGGUUUAGUUAUACGUGGCCCCUCGGACUUACAACGCUAAAAUCCGAGGUUUGAUUUCCCACAGUUGACACAGCAUUUAGCCCAAAUUGGCUUUGCUCUAAAACAAACAACAGUUAGAUGUGUGACAUUUGUGCGUACAUAAAAGCAACUCUUGCUUUUUUACAAAGACAUAGACUGUCUUUCAAGAUUUGUAAGUUCAUAUUACAUGACAUGCAUUUUUUUUUCUAUAAGCAUUCUUCAUUAAAGUGUUUUUCAUUGGCUUUUUUUGAAGGUUAUUGGUUGGGAAAGAGCCUAACCCAGUCAGGGGAGGGAGGGAGACAAGUAAAUACAUCAGCCCAUGUAACUUCUUUGUUGACAUUGUCUUUGUUGUUGUUCUCGUUAGAAAUUGGUGGGAAAACAAUUAAACUUUUUAACGUAUCUCGUUUUACCUGGAAUGGGAAAA